GUCUACAGCUUAGGACAACUGUCAAGAACUCUCCAUCAAUUGUGUUCUAGUUUGUCUUUGUGUCCUAGACGGGAACACAGCCAACCUGGGACCAUGUCCAAUCUCCUCUCCGCGUCUACUUUGGAGCCACAUCUGAUCCGGAAGUUGGAUCAGAUAGUGGCCAAAUGGCGCGCCUCCAACCACGAGCCCUCUCCUCUCUUGCUUCAUCUCUACCGGAACUCAGCGAACAUCGAUGUCCUGCGCCGGAUCAUUCAAAACCACAUUGCUCUCAUCACCCGGCGAUCUCAGGAUGCCGCCGACGGUGAAAUUAGCCUCUAUGACCGGGCUCUGGUUGAGAUCGGUCAGAAUGGGCUUGGAAUCGGCUCCGAAGUGCAAGACUUCUACCUAACUGAGUUUCUCGGAGCUAACAUCUCCUGCUCGGUUAACCAGCAAGUUGCCUCCGAUUACAUGCAAUUUAACCUCGAAUUGGACAACGCCUUCGGACUCGGCGACAGCGACAGUGUCACCGGAGCCGCCAGCGCCCUCAUCGACCCCAGCGUUGGUGCGGAUGCCCCGGCCACACAAGGUGCACCCGGAAGACCUGGCUCCCCCUGCCACGGGGUCAGCAUCCAGCCGAACAUCAACCGCCUCAUCAUCCGCUUCCGCCAGGCGAAGAACGACUUCUACCGCCGGAGCGAGAGCAACACAGAUACAGAGUCCUCCGUUCGGUUCCUGCGCGACACGGCGGAGAAUGCGCUGCAGUACCUCCGGGCCAACGGGCGUCCCAACCAUUCCCUCAUUCCGGACAUCGAAUAUCAUUUCCGGCUGGCCCGCGACCGCGCCGCGCAGCUCUCCGGAGGUCGUCAGCGUCGCUUUGAAGACCCGAGUCGUGGCCCCGGAAUCCCCUACCGCGGGCCACGUCGCGAGGAUUCCCGUCGCUUUGUGGGAGAUCCAACUCCGCGCCCCAGGGUUUAUGAGGCACCUCGUGGAGGAGAUCCCGGACGUCCAUUCGAGGAACCCUCCAACGGUAACAGCGACAACCCCGAGGGCAGCGUCUCUUUGCCACACAAGCGUAAGCGCCCCAUUGAUAGCUACCGCCCUUCGCGUGACAACUGAGCCAGAUCCCAGCCUUCUGGGCACGGAAUGAAUAUCGAGGAUGACAUGAGGGGGUACAUUGGGUAUCUGCUCGUUCUGCUAUCUAUUAACUGACCAAGGUGCUCUAUGUUCAUGGCGAUUGGAUACAAAAAUGCGGGGAUGAUCUGGAAGAGGGUGUUGUAUGUAGCGGAAAAGUUUCUUCUUCUUUUUAAAAUUGAUAGGAGGAUAAUUAGUUAACGAGUGGGUGUUGAAUGAGUUUCUUGGCUGCAGAUCGCCGGCUCUUUAGCUUGAGAGCUGCCGCCACGUGCUCCGGAGGAGUUGUCGUUCACUCUUAUCGAUCCUUGAAAACUGUCUCCUCUUCUUUUGCAUCCUGCCUUAACCUUCCG